AUGGCUAAAUCUAAAAAAAGAGGUAAUAGAAAAAAAUUUACCUUCCCAAACCCUAAACCAAUCCCUAAGAUGAUCGCAUAUGUGUUAAUGAUCUUUCUCACAGGUUGCACAUAUUGGGGUUGGAGUGGAAUUCAAGAAUUACUAUACAAGGCAGGAUCUUAUGAAAAUCUCUGCGAUAAUGUGUUGGAAAAGAGUGUGAUGGUCAUUGGGGGUAAAGAGUACAUUGAUUGCGGACCCAGGAAAAGUGGAAUCAAUAACCUCUUCACUAUUGCCUACUCUGCGCACUUUAUCACUUCAGUUUUCACAGGAGCCUUCCUUGAUUCAUUGGGCUCUAAGUACCUCUAUGUCAUUGGGCAGGCUCUAAACUUAGUGGCCUGGAUUUUCAUUGGAGCCUUACCCAAAGUCCACUGUGUACUCGUCACUUCAUUCUUCGUCAUUGGACUAACUGCAGAAUCAAUCUAUAUGCCUCUACUUUCAUUAUCGUAUAACUUCCCGAAUAAAAGAUCACUGGUAAUAUCGUUGCUGGGCUCUUCGAGGUCACUUUCGUACUUUAUACCCUCUCUAAUGUCGCUGAUUUACCAGCUGGAGUUCUUCAAACCCCAUUACCUCUAUAUUAUUUGCACUGUGUACGCAGUGCUUGGGAACCUGGUCUGCAUGAUAGUCGGGUUUCUGAUCGUGGACGUGAGAUUUGAUAGUCCUCUGGAGGAGCCUGAGGAGAUCCAGGAGUUUGAACUGAGAAUAGACUCAAGCAAAACGCUGCCACUCAUUGAUAGAGCGAAGAACUUUUUCGAGAAGGCUCUGACCCAUGAUCAGCUGAAGGAGUACAGUUGUCUGGCCUUUUGUAGCUCAAUUUUCCUGGCUGCAAUCGGCUUCGUGAACAAGUCUCACAGGGAAAUGCUAGUCAGCUCUGACAAGAAGAGCGCAGUUGAGAUCUUCAGGUACAUGAACAUCCUCAGCUUCAUCCCGGGCCCUAUACUAGGGAAGCUUGUGGAUAUCUGGGGUGCUGGCAUAAUCCUAUGGCUGCUCCAUAGCUUCUGUUUGGGAUAUUAUAUAUUUACGGCGCUUGACCUUUACGCUUCAAAGAUAUGCGCUUGCGUCUGCUACUUCUUCUCAUCUUCGCUCUGCGUGUCAAUCACGUACUGUUACGUAAACCAGAGGUUUCCGCGCAAGUACUUUGGAGUUCUGGUCGGAUUCAUAUUCUUCGUCGCAGGCAUAGUCAACCUGUUCAACAUUCCACUCUAUAACCUGGGAUCGAAAACGUGGGAACACGACAGGCCGUACAACUUCAUGAGGAUCUCAUACAUCCUUGUGGGGUGCAUGAUCUUGUGUCUCAUGGGAAGUGCAUACCUGGUAAUGAUUAACAGGAAGGGUUUCUCGUGUAGAUGGUGGAGGUCGAAAAAGAACAAGAACAAAACCAAGGAGGACUUUGACAAGUUUCUGAUGCCAAACGAAGACGUUAUGGACAAUCUUAUGAUGACAAGUCAAGACAACUUGGAAAACUUGAUUUCAUGUUCAGGGGACUCAACUUCGAGCAAUGGUGACGUUGAAUUAGGUGCGGGAGAAGGUUUGGAGGAGGUUGUGGUGAAGGAAGAAAAGUCAAGAAUAGUCGAAACUGAGUUCAAGGACACAAUUGAAAAGCAAGAGAUAAUUUAG